AUGGUCAAGCAUAUUCAUUCGUUGCAAAAGACGUGGCCUAAUCUGGCCAAGGAUUGCUUGGAGUAUGUUCAGCGUUGCCAAGAAUGCCAGCGAGUCAACAUGGCACGCAAGGGAUACCACCCUCUGACGGCCAUUCAUGCUCAGUUACCAGGUGAACAUAUGGCGGUUGAUUUGACCGAGAAGUUAUCAUCCCAGGAGGAGCUCUUAAAGCGGCUUGAGUACAUGACCAAGACCGUCUUUCCAGCGAUUGACACUAAGACCCGCAAAACUCAACGUCGAAUGAUUGAGCGUUUCAAUAGAACAGUACUGCACAGUGAAUUCCCUGAUGGAGCAAAGGUUAUGUCUUUGGACCCGAUCUUGGGCGACAAGCUUUCGCCUAGGUAUGAAGGCCCUUAUAUUGUAGUCAGACGAACAACUGGUGGAUCCUAUGUGUUGAAGGAUGCCACAGGAGAAGAGAUCGCAAUCUCUAACGCAGCCUCAUCAAACGGCCGCGACUCUCGGGACUAA